AUGUCGAUGAAGACACCCCAAGGGAUAAAGAAAGGUGUGCUCACAAACGUGUGGCACAUCCCAAAGUUAUCCAGAAACCUGUUCUCAGUCGGCCGCUUCACCAAGGAUGUCGGCCGAGUGACGUUCACAAAGGAUGGGUGCUAUGGAGAAGCGAAAGGGACCAAGUGGAAAAUUGGUGCCCGUGAAGGUAAAGGACUGUUCAAGCUGCAAAUGACUCCAGUGGCGCCGGAACAAGAAAUGCAGCCAAGUCGUCGGGAUGUCAAGGGGGAACCAAGCCGUACCUCUGGCACCUUCGGCUUGGCCACAUAG